CAAAGAAGUAACACAUUCAUCUCAGAGAUCGGUGCAGACAUGUUAAACUUUAUCAUUUUACUGACUGUGGCCUUGUCAGUGGAGCAUGCAUCCUUUGAAACUGCUGCUUCCCCACAAAUUGAAAAUGAAAAUGUCAUGGAUAUCGGCGUUGCCAACAUUGAUAAAAUAUUUCAGAAUUUCACCAGGAGCACUUUUGAUACCUUAACGAAGCUGAAGAAAAGGUCAGAAUAUGUCGCUCAGAGCUGUAAGGAGAUCCAGGACAGAUAUGGUGCCCAGCAAGACGGCUUGUAUUACCUGAUGACUGCUAACGGCAUGGUCUAUCAGACGUUCUGUGAUAUGACCACGGCGGGAGGCGGCUGGACGCUGGUAGCAAGCGUUCAUGAGAACAGUGUUUUCGGAAAGUGCACAGCAGGUGACCGCUGGUCCAGCCAGCAGGGCAACAACUGCAAUAUACCAGAAGGAGAAGGAAACUGGGCCAACAGAAACACCUUUGGGGCAGCAGAGAGCGCCACGUCAGAUGAUUAUAAGAAUCCAGGUUACUAUGAUCUAACAGCAGAGGACAUAUCUGUGUGGCAUGCUCCCAAUAACAUCCCAAUGGAACACUGGAAACUGGGCGCUAUCCUCCGCUACCACACAAACAACCGCUUUCUCAGAAUGUAUGGAGGAAACCUCCUACAGCUCUUCAAGAGGUAUCCUGUGAGGUAUAAUGUCGGCUCCUGCAGUGACAGAGGACCAGCUAUUCCCAUUGUGUAUGAUCACGGAAACAAAGACUCCACAAGAAACCUGUAUGGACCAAAUGCAAGAAAGGAAUUUGAACCAGGUUUCAUAACAUUUAGAGCAAUCAACAAUGAGCGUGCCGCCAUGGCACUGUGCUCUGGAGUCAAACCAACUGGAUGCCACAAUGAACAUUACUGUAUUGGAGGAGGUGGAUGUUUUCCUGAAGGAAAUCCAAGGCAGUGUGGAGACUUCCCAUCAUUUGACUGGGACGGACUGGGAGGGCAAGGCUGGAGUGCUUCAAAAGAGAUGAUUGAGGCUGCUGUGUUACUGUUUUACAGCUGAUAGUCAUGUUAAAUCAGUUCCUUUGUAGUUAAAAUAAUGUCAUUUACAUUUCAAAUCAAUCAGCAAAGGUUGUGAUUGUUGUCAUCAGUCACCAGAAAGUGGUGACACAGAACUACAUAUUCAGCAUUAAUCAGACAUUUUAUAUUCUAAAAACAUGAUUGUUGAGUGUGUUUCUGUCUCUUGAUUAUAGUUUUUCCAAUCU